AUGGACCUGGCUGGAGAGGAUGGUAACGAGGCGGCGGCUCGCUUGGAAGCCGAGCUGGAGCUGCUGCUCGCCAUGUACCCUGACGCCAUCACCUUCUCGUCAAGGGCUCGCGAGCUUCGAUAUUCCCAUCCUACGAAUGCCCCGGGUCUCAAGGCUACAGCAACCCUAGUGCUGCGACUGCCGGAUGCAUAUCCAGUGAGGGACUUUCCCGAGGUUAUCUCCGCCGUGGGGUCACGAAAAGAGGACUUGCGAUCCGUGACGAAGACAGCAUUCGAGAAGCCAGAUGUUGCUCCUGGCGAAGAGGUACUUGAUGCACUCGUCCUGUGUUUUCAAGAAUUGCUGUCGCCGCAGGAUAGUCCACCCGAACAGGCCGUCCCUCAUCCCACCCCCUUGUCUCCUGGAAGAGAUGUCCGGCCCAAGACCGUCAUAAUAUGGCUCCACCAUCUACUCAACACCAACAAGCGGAAGCUUGCUCUAAGCCCUUCCAUGUCCGACUCUGGUAUCGUCGGAGUCACCAAGCCAGGCUAUCCUGGGGUAUUAGUUUUUUCUGGGCCUGGCGCCAUUGUUGACUCUCACGUCUCGGAACUGCGGCACCAGAAAUGGCAGGCUUUCGAGGUUCGAUACGACACCGACGAUGAGAGUGAGACGAAGAGCACAUGGCGGUUUAGCCAUGACAAAGGAAUUCGCGAGGUGGAGUCGAUGAGCGAUGUGGUCCAAGCCAUCUUGGAACCAGAACACAGAGAGCUGUUCCUCAGCUCGAUAGGGGUGAAAUAG